AUGUUGACGACAGCAUUGUCCGAGGCUGAGGUAUCAGCUUUGAGAGCAAACAAGGAGAGACUUGCAAAUGACCUACAUGAGUCAUGUCAAUGGGGAUCUGGAAUUCGCUGGGGAGAAGGAUCAACAGAUACUGGAAUGCAGCGCCUUGCCCUGUCUGAAGAGGACAAGAGCGUCCGGGACUGGUUCAUUCGAACUAUGAAAGACCUCAAGUGUCAGAUUACCAUCGACGAGAUGGGCAACAUCUUCGCAGUGCGUCCGGGUCGGAGGACAGAUGUGCCAGCUACUUUCAUCGGCAGUCACUUGGAUACACAGCCUACAGGAGGCCGUUAUGAUGGCAUUCUGGGAGUUUUGUCAGGCGUGGAAGCGAUCAAGAGGAUGGACGAGUUGGGCCUGGAAACCGAGGGAGGUGUAGGUGUCGUUAAUUGGACUAACGAAGAAGGAGCCCGGUUCCCCAUCAGCAUGAUUUCGUCUGGCGUCUGGGCAGAGUUCAUUUCGCUAUCCCAGGCUCACGAGCUCAAGGAAGUACCCACAGUAGCUUCGCUGCCAACAGCCAGCUCAGCUCCCGAAACUAUGAAGAGUGCCCUCAAGAAGAUCGGCUACCUCGGCAGCGUGCCCUGUUCAUAUAAAACCACGCCAAUGGCAGCUCACUUCGAAGUGCACAUUGAACAAGGGCCUCAUCUGGUUUCAGCUGGCCAAAGAGUUGGAGUGGUCACUGCAGUGCAGGCCUAUCGCUGGUUCCGGUUGAAUGUGAUCGGACGAGACACACACACAGGAACGACUGCAUUUGAACACCGUGCAGACGCAUUGUAUGCAUUUGCUCAGAUGAUGGUUCGUGCAAGAGAAGUCGCUGCAUCUAAAGGCUGUCUCGCUAGCGUUGGUAUCAUUGAGGCUAAGCCUGGAAGUGUAAACACCGUCCCUGGAACUGUCAGCUUCAGCUUGGAUAUUCGUGGACCUGAAAGUGCUUUGGUGCUCGAGGUCGAGAACCAGCUUCGUAGCGAUUUUGAUGCUAUUGCUGCCGCAGAAGGCGCUGGUAUUGGAAAGCCUUGCCGUGUCGAAUGGACGCUUGACUUUGACUCGCCUGCUGUCAAGUUUCAUGAGGACUGCAUUGAUUGUGUCCAGGAGUCUGCCCAUGCUGUCGUAGCGGAUGCGCCUGUGGCAGACACCAAGUCCUUAGUGAGGACUAUCAUGAGUGGUGCAGGUCAUGAUAGUGUCUUCACUUCCAAGCGAGUGCCGACUAGUAUGAUCUUUGUUCCGUGUAAAGAUGGUCUGAGCCAUCAUCCGGAGGAGUUUUGCUCUGCGGAUGAUUGUGCAACUGGGGCGUCUGUUAUCCUGCAAGCUGUGGUACGAUACGAUCGAAAGCGAUUCACCCAGAACUAG